UAUAAUAAGUUGCCUGACAACCACCAGUUGUAGUAGAUGCGCAAGAAUUAACACUUUCCGGCACUCUCUAGGUACAAAUCGCACGUGUUUGUGUCCAAUCGUUUAAAUAAAGUUCAAAUUAACAGUUAGAGAUCGAAAUCGUGUUUUAUAGUAGGAUAUUAGCAACAUGUCGAGUCAAAGAAAAGUGAAAAAAAUCGGAGACACAGGGAGUAACGAAAACAGUCUCGAAAGGGGCAACAACGACGAGGAAAUCCAAAAAGCCCUCGAAGAAGUCGACUCCUGUCAAGAUGAAAUAGACGCUUUAAACGCACAAGCAAGUGAUGAAAUACUGAAAAUCGAACAAAAAUACAACUUGUUGAGGAAUCCACUGUAUUCCAAACGAAAUGAUUUAAUCAAUAAAAUACCACACUUUUGGGUCACCGCAUUUGCAAAUCAUCCAGACUUAUCGGCUUUAUUAAGCGACUCCGAUGAAGACUGUUUACAUCACAUGACAAAAAUAGAAAUUGAAGAUUAUGAUGAUAUUAAAUCUGGUUAUAAAAUACAUUUUUAUUUUGAAGAAAACCCCUACUUUGAGAACCAAGUCCUGACUAAAGAUUAUCAUUUAGCUUCAAUAACGGAACCAAUAUCUACAUCAACAGAAAUAAAAUGGAAAGACGGUUACAAUUUAACCCAGGAUAAACACACCCAAAGUAAAACGUCUCGUAAACGAGCGUUUGAACAAAAAACAUUUUUCGCAUGGUUUACUGAUCAUUCAGAUCCAGUUUCGGACGACGUAGCUGAAGCUAUAAAAGAUGAUUUAUGGAUAAACCCUAUUUCUUAUUUCUUAUUACCCGACAGUAUAGAUAAUGGGGUAGAUGAUGAUGAGGGAUCUGAUCAAGAUGAAGAAAAUGACGAUGGAGAAGACGCCACCGCUGAUAAUACUGAUGAAGAUAUGACGGACGUCCAAAAUUCAGUUCAGGAAGAAUCCUCAAAUGCUUAAUCUCAUUUCAUCAAGAAUUCGAAAAU